CAAGGAGAGGUGGGCCUCUCGGUCAGCCCAAUACGAAGGCGCGUGGGUUGGCUCUUUCUGCACCUUCCAGGUCCCAGCUGUGGGUUCGAGAGGGUUUGUUAAAGCGACAGUCACCUCAGUACGCUGGGCUCACCCAGGAACCAGCUAGUGACCCCGGCAAGCCGCGGAGCGAGGUGGGCCUCCCUUGCGAGUGGUUUUGGUAACCACACCCCGACCCCAACCCCGGCUCAGCCUGGUGAAAGGAGCCGCAUCUCUGCGUCGCCGCGCGGGUCGGCGGCCGGAGAGCAGGUGGCCUGUGAGGGGGGAAAGACAUGGGGGGUUGAAGCAACCGCGGGGGCAGCUGCACGGCAGGUACAGGGGCCGAGGGCCGCGUCAAGAGUCUGGGGCUCGUGUUUGAAGACGAGUCAGACGAGCAGCUACUCGAGCGGCGAGACCGUGGCUGGCCAUGUGCUGCUGGAGACCAGCCGAGCCACUGGCCCUCCCGAGCCCUUCGCCUGGAGGCCCAGGGCGGGCCCGGGCCAGCUGGAUCAGAGCCCCGGUCACCACAGGCUUGACGCCUCGGGGUCCCUGGCAGCGGAGGUGGAAGUACCUGAACAUCCGCCAGAGCCUCCGGGAGCCGGCUGCAGGUGAAGGCAUCAUUUUAUUACAGCCUGGAAAACAUGAAUUUCCAUUCAGCUUUCAGCUCCCAUCUGAGCCUUUGGUAACAUCAUUCACUGGAAAGUAUGGCAGUAUUCAAUACUCUGUGAGAGCAAUCUUGGAACGGCCUGUGGUACCCGACCAAAGUAUAAAAAGAGAACUCCAGGUUAUUAGUCAUAUUGAUGUCAACACACCAGCUUUAUUAACACCUGUAUUGAGAAGUCAUGAGAAAAUGGUUGGCUGUUGGUUUUUCACUUCUGGCCCAGUCUCAUUAAGUGCCAAAAUUGAGAGAAAGGGAUAUUGCAAUGGUGAAGCCAUACCAAUCUAUGCAGAAAUUGAAAACUGUUCAUCUCGUCUGAUUGUUCCCAAAGCUGCCAUUUUCCAAACACAGACUUAUUUGGCCAGUGGGAAGACUAAGACUUUUCGUCAAAUGGUUGCCAACGUUCGAGGAAACCAUAUUGCUUCUGGAAGCACAGAUACAUGGAAUGGCAAGACUUUGAAAAUUCCACCUGUUAUACCAUCUAUCCUUGAUUGCUGUAUUAUCAGAGUAGAUUAUUCCUUAGCUGUAUAUAUUCAUAUUCCUGGUGCUAAGAAACUAAUGCUAGAGCUACCAUUGGUAAUUGGCACAAUUCCGUACAAUGGUUUUGCGAGUAGAAACUCCAGUGUUGUUAGCCAGUUUGGUGUGGAUAUGAGCUGGUUGGCAUUGACACUCCCAGAACAUCCUGAAGCACCACCAAAUUAUGCUGAUGUGGUUUCAGAAGAAGAAUUUUCUAGGCACAUUCCUCCUUACCCUCAGCCAACUGAUUGUCAGGAAGAAAUAUGCUGUCCAUUGUUUGCUUAUAUACAAGAAUUCCGAUUUCAGCCUCCACCUCUAUAUUCAGAGGUUGAUCCACAUCCUGGUGAUAUAGAAGAGACUCAAACUGUUUCAUUUAUGCUAUGACUAUUUCAGACUCUGCUGCAGUCUUGAGAUCAGAUCAUGAACUCUUUCCUUCUGCCUUUGUUGGGAAGGGGCUAUAGAAGUAGGGAAAUUUAGCUUUCAUUAUCAAUUUCGAACAUAAAAGCUAAAGAAUGUAGAAGAUGGAAGAAGUGUGGGCUUUUGAUAUGGACAAGUUUGUAUGAUGGCCCUUUAAAUAAUGGGAUUGAUUAUGUGAGUAUCACUGAAUGGAACUGGAUAUACAGAUGAAGGUGGAGUAAGUGAAGGAAAAGAAUACUUGAGUGCCUCAAAAAGUACUACAUAUACAACGGAAAGACAGACAAACAUUUUAAGGGAUUGUGUCAAAGUGAAGCAAAAACAUCCUAAAAGUUUGGGGUUUCUCUAUAUAAAUUAGCAGCUUGUCUUUUGUAGACUAUAAGUAAAGAAAGAAUGUACAAGAGGAAAAUGAUCUAAUAUAGAAUUUAAAAGAACCCCCUCCACCAAUUUAAGGCUUUCAUGUUUUCUAUGCUGAAAAAUACUGUAAAAAUUUUUUUUAAAAAACAUCAUCACAUUUAUUGGCUCAAAUGUAGUGUAGCACAAUUUAAUUUGGCCAGUGUCAUUUGAAGCUUCAUUCCAUGAGCAGUAAUUUGUACAAUAUCAUGAAACUAAAAGUGACUCAGAAUUCAAAGGGGAUACGAGUCAAAUUUUGUAUGACUUCAAAGUAAUUUAUUCUUGAGUUUUAAUUUUCUUAACGGUUUUCUCGAACAUGGUGGAUUUAGAAUUUUUCUUUUUAUAUUUCUGUAACUAAAGGCACAGCAAGGAAAUUUAAGAGUUUCUAGUUGGUUUGAUUGAUGAAAUAGACAAAAUAUAUUCAAAAGCUUUUCUAAAGCCUACCUCUUUAAAAGUUGUAGUUACCUGCUUAGAGGUUAUAGACCUGAGAACAAAAGUUGUAAAUGAACUUCUGUUCUUUACAGUAUCAGAUUCUAUAAUCAUUUGUAGUGAGAUUUUGAAAUGGACUAUUAGAACUCUGUUAAGACAGGAGUAAAAUGAAGGUUAAUAUGUAUAUAUAUGCAUAAUAUGUAAAAACAUAUAUGUAAAUAUAUACAUAUAGCUAUAUUACUUAUAAGCAAGAAAGUAAUAAUAAAUGCCGUACAUUGCUAAGAAGAGGACGAAAACCUCUCUGAAAAAAUUUUAGCUUAAAAACUCUACAGCUACAGUUCCCAUUCUUCAACAAUUCUAUCUAAACUGUGAUUUUUCUUUUUGGUGCAAUAUUUUACUAUGUCACUUAAACUCAGGACAUUCAGAUCAUCAUGAUCGUGUUGCUGCUAAAAGUACAUGCAGCUCCCCCCAUACACCCAUUAUCAAAGUUAAGAAUUUAAUUACACUUUGUAUGACAAACUGAUGAUCCAAUACUAAAUUUCAGAAAGGUAUAGGAGCCCUCUAGCAUUUAUUUUUCUGGUAUAAUAUCAGGUGAUAGAUUUAAAUUUUAAGUGACAAAGUAUUUGUUUUCUGUCAUAAGGGUUUUGACUCAAGACCUUGGUGCUUCCCAUAAUCAUUAACUACAAUUAAAACAGAAACUUAAUAAGUUUAAAUGAUUUUCUGUUUAAAAAUCAUAAUCAUUAAAACAGCAGGGAUUUUUCUACUUACAUUGUAUAUGUUUUCUUUGUACUUUUCAGAACAUACCUCUUAAUCAUUUGAGUUUUGUAAGCACUUCUUUACUUUUAAGCCACUGUUUAAAGUCAAUAUAAAAUUGUGCUACUUGAACUAUUAACUAAAUUACACAGCUUUGCUCAGUUUUAUUAUUUCAGGAAAAUAGCAUCUUCAAAUAGUCCUUGUUUUGAAAAUUGGUAAUUUGCAUGCUUGUAAAAAAGAUCAGGUUUUUCUAUAAUGCCAAAACAAUUACUGUUCAGUUGAGAAAUAUUCCACAUCAAACUUCCAAGUACAGUUAAACUGUUUCCUUGGAUACACUUGACAAAAUUAAGCACUUAUUUAAAGUUAAUGUUUUGACACCCUAAAAGAAUAAAAUCAUGUAAUGCAUACAUCAGUAGACAAUGACUUUGAAGCACAAGAAAAAAUAGUGGGAAAAUGAAUGCAUUUGCCUAAUUAGCAUUUGAUACAGCUGACUUUAACUUAUUUAUGGUGUAAAAUUAUAUAAAAUACCUUAAAUUAAGAAAAAUAUUUGUCUUAUUUAGAAAAUCAUAAAGGUUGUCAUUUGACUGGACAUUUACCUCAAUAUCAUUAUGGUACCAAGAAUAUUCAUUGAAAAGUAAAUAUGCUGCUGGGAUGUGUUUGAUUUUCACCUCUUUGUGGCUUUUAUUUUGUUUUGCAACUGAACUGUGGCCUUAGAAUUGUUUUCUUUAAAAAAAUAAUAAAGUGAAAAAUAUGUGUCUUGGCACAUAAAACCUUUACAGGGCAAAAACCUUGAUGCUUUCCUGUUUUGCACAAUAAGCAAGGGUUUUUUGGUUUUGUUUUGGGUUUCUUUUCAUAGGUGAGCUGUGAAACAGUUUUUUUCAGUUUGGAGGAAAAAAAAAAGCUGUUAAAAUAUAUUAACCCAUAGUAAAGAGGGGGGAAAAAGAUUGUAUUUUGUAUUCAUGUAUGAACCCCAUGGGUUCUUUUUGUUAAUA